AUGAUGAAGGUCGCUAAAUCUCAUAAUACGUCACUAAAUGCGAUAAAACUGAGCGACGAACUUAAAUCAACACUCCCCAUAUGGUAUCAUAUCAGUGCGUCCAAACGCCUACGGCGGUUGGACAAUACCAGCCUCAGCAAAUGUCUCCGAAACAUACAUAUAAUUAAAUCAGUAGCCGACAUCGUCAAUAUGGCGAAACAUACGCACCUCAUCACCGGACUCAGCGAUGACAGCUCCCAAUGCAGCUGUCCCAAAUGCUCCGACGCCUACAAGAAAGGAUGUAAACACCCUCUAUCCUGCUGCGAAGCGGCAGGUCGCCUCCUACACUCACUAGACCCCAAAUGGAUGCCAGGCACUAACCCCGCAAACGACGGGCUGACGUUGACGACAAAGCGAAGAGACGAUAACCAGAAAGCCCUAGAUGAGAAGGGUGACGUGACCUUCGACCCAUCCCUCACAGAACGCGGAGGCAUAUCAGAAACCUUCCGGGUAUUC